AUGGGAUUUAGGGUGGAAAAAUCCAAAAAGUCAUUUUUACCUCAGUACAAAGAUCAUUGGAAAAAACUGGUGGCUAGUCAAUUUCAAGAAAGAGAAGAGAACACAAGAAAGAGGUCUUUACAACAAGUGGUGGAGAUAAGUAGAAGAGCAGCAUUGAGAACUCCAUUAGUGACAACAUCUUCAGCAAUAGAUAUCCCGGAUCAAACAUCCUCAUCAGAUAUUGACGGAGAGGAAAUUCAAAGUCAGAAUUCUGUUGAUCAAAACAACUCAAGAUCACCUUCCCCUAGGCAUUUGACAAAUUUACUUACAUCAACUAGAUUCAAGAAGAUGCCCACGGAAUUGGAACCAGCUCCUCUGGGGAUUCCUGAAUCCCAAUUAUCAUCAAAUUCAGGUCCUAGUCCUAUGGGGGGAUUGUCUUUUGGGUAA